GGGUAGAGUUAGAACAAAGACCGUCAAGCGUGCUUCUAAAGCUUUGAUUGAAAAAUAUUAUCCAAAAUUGACUUUGGAUUUUCAAACUAACAAAAGAUUGUGUGAUGAAAUUGCCGCCAUCCAAUCUAAAAGAUUAAGAAACAAGAUUGCUGGUUACACUACCCAUUUGAUGAAAAGAAUCCAAAAGGGUCCAGUUAGAGGUAUUUCUUUCAAGUUGCAAGAAGAAGAACGUGAAAGAAAGGAUCAAUUUGUUCCAGAUGUUUCUGCUUUAGACUUGUCCCACUCCAACGGUGUUUUGAAUGUUGACAAACAAACCGCUGAAAUGGUUAAAUCUUUAGGUUUGAAAUUGCCAUUAUCUGUUUCUGAGGUUUCUUCUGUUAGAGACAGACGUUUUAGAAGAAGAAACUAA